AUGGGAUUAGGAAAUAUUCAUCAAUUAAGGAUGAAGCAAGUUAUUGAAUCAGAACAAACAGCUUUAAGUAUCAUUGAUUCACUUCCGGACAAUUCUUUGAUUACAAAGACAGGAUACAUCACAGUAGGAACGGGACUUUUAACAUUAGCAAUAUCAAAAGAGCUUUAUGUUUUGAAUGAAGAAACACUUUUGUUAUUAUCAUUUUCUACUAUGUGUGCCACUAUUUAUAGAGCACUUAAACAACCAGUCUCUGAAUGUGUUGUUACACAAAAAAGUAUUAUUCUUCGUCAAGCCAGAGAAGAUCAUAAAUCGGCUGUUGUAGAAAGAAUCGAAACUGUUGGCCAAAUAGGAAAUCUUAAGGCUGUAGCAGCAUCAGAAAUUAAAGCUGUUUUAGAUUCAUAG